UUAUUAAAAGCAAAUAUGCAGGCAUGGAAAACAAGUAUCCAAGUAUUCCUAGCCUCCAAUCGAACUAGGAAUAGAUAUAGUUGCUGCUUGGUAGGGCUGAAGGAAUUAUAUUUGACACCUUUCACACAACGUGCAGCCUAUAGUUGCACAAGAGCACUUUUCUGUCCAAGAGACAGUGUUUCAAAGUCAGGUGAGAGAUUUACCUCUAGCAAACUCAAAAAGACAUUUGUGUCUAAGCAGUAUAAAUAUGCUGCUACUAGAGAUGAGAUUUCCAGAUCAACAAAAACACAGAAGGGAAAAGUUUCAUCGGAGCUUCAGAAACUGAGGUUUGAGGAUUUCAGUGAGUCAGAAACUGGAAGGGUUUUGAGACAUAUCCAAAAAGAAUCUGAGCCCACUGAAGGUACACAGUUAGAGAUUGUGUUUGGUGUGGCCCCAUGUUUGCUGGCCCUCAUGCAGAAUAGGAGGAAGCCGAGUCGUCUCUUUGUGAAGAACGGUGAGGGGCCACAGAGAGAUGUGAUUCUGAGGGUCUGUCAGGAGGCCGUCAGACGGGGCGUGCAGAUACAGAGAGUCAGUAAGCAAACACUUGACAAGAUGUGUGGCGGCAAGGUGCACCAGGGGUUGUGUCUGCAGGCAAGUCCUCUUGGGUUUAUCACUGAGGAAAGACAGAUGACGUCUCAUGACGUGAACAAUCACAGGGCAUUAUGGCUGGUUUUGGAUGGAGUGCAGGAUCCGAUGAAUCUUGGUGCCAUUUUGCGGUGUGCGUAUUUCCUGGGAGUGGAUCGAAUUGCCAGCAGCAUUCAUAACAGCUGUCCUCUGACGCCCACAGUGAGUAAAGCCAUUGCUGGUGUGAUGGAGGUCAUGGAGGUGUUUGGCUAUGGCAACUUGAAAGAUAUGAUUAAGGUGAGAGCGGAAGAAGGUUGGCAAGUAGUUGGCACUGUUGGGUUAGAGGAAUGCAGUCCUGAAUCCACAGUAAUGCCAUGUUCAGAUUUUAAGAUGUCCAGACCUACACUACUGUUAAUGGGUGGAGAGGGUGACGGUCUUUCUCCAGAACUGCGUCAGAUGUGUGACGUCCAGCUCACCAUCCCUCCACGCAGAAACCUGCACCCUGAAGUAGAAUCUCUCAAUGUGUCUGUAGCCACAGGCAUUCUGCUGCACUCUCUUCUGUCCACAUGCACAGGAUGAUGAUGAUGGCAACAAUGACAAGGCAGAAGCAUUAUUUACUCAGUCGUCUCUCAUUAGCCUCCUACAGUGAUUAAUGACUGGAUUACUUUAUCAAUUAACAGUCUGAGAGUCUGGAGAGGCUCACUGAUCA